AGAGCAGCCGCGUGUAGAGAGGUCAUCCUGGUUUGUUUACAUUCCGAGGGUCGAGAGGUGGAUGAUCAGUUGAGUCGAGGAAAGACAGCGGCAAGGGGAAUCACCGAGUUUUGUUUGUUUUUUUCGGACUCAAGUCACCUCGGCCUUUGCAAAAGACAAGAUAGCACUGAUGGAAAGUAUCAUGUAAACAUAAAACUACAAAAUAACAGUGGACACUCGAGAAAUCAUUUAACAGGAGGUCAUAUAACAAAGUAAGAUUUGUCAGUAAAAGAGGGCAAACCAAAUAAGAAGUGAGGAGGAUGGAUGAACCUGCGAUAAGAAGAGGAAGAAAGUGCACAAGAAUAUUGUUCCUGUCUGGGUUUCUGUUGACACUUCUAGGAGCUGGACUAUUGACAGGCUGGUUGAUAUGGGGAAACCGGGAGAGGUUUUACAAAGAGUAUGGCAUUGUACUAGAUGCAGGUUCAUCACAUACUAAUUUGUUUGUCUACCAAUGGCCUGGCUCGAAAAAAAAUGGUACAGGAAUUGUAAAACAAAGAGGUGUUUGUGUGGUAAAAGUGAGACCAGUCCAGAUAUAAGCGAUGCUAUUCUUAAUUCUACCCGACGAACCAUCAGUUCAUAUCCAUUCAAUUUUACCGAUGAUCAGGCUCGCAUCAUUACAGGUACAGAGGAAGGCAUAUUUGGUUGGAUCACCACUAAUUUCCUCCUGCACUCUUUUAAUGAUGGAUCAUCAUUAGAAAGACAUGUUCGGAGUUUAAUUUUUACAGAGGACGCAGUUUCAACUGUUGGAGCUUUAGAUCUCGGCGGAGCAUCGACUCAAAUCACAUUCAUUCCAGAAGACCCUGCAUCUCUUACCGACGAUCAUAGCCAGUACUUGAGACUCUACGGUACUAACUAUACUGUGUAUACACACAGCUACCUAUGCUAUGGCAUGAAUGAAGCCAGAAGGCAACUGUAUGCCAAUCUUAUAAAGGAUGCUGAUUUUGCUGAAAAUGUUACAAAUCCUUGCGGAGCCCUGGGACUUGUUGAAAGCUUUGAUGGUGCAUAUCUUUGGGAAGCUCCUUGUAGUAAUAACCAAUCAGAGAAUGUUGAAUUCCAGUCAGCAAACAAUUCCAAGUAUUACUUCAGUGGUUCCAGUGACCCCGAAGCAUGUUUGGUCAAAGUUCGUGAACUGUUCAACUUUUCUGCACCUUGUGAAAUUGAGCCUUGUAGUUUCGAUGGAGUUUAUCAGCCUCCUCCAUAUGGAAAGUUCUUGGCAUUCAGUGGGUAUUACUAUGCUAUCAACAAUCUCAACCUCACAUCUAAUGUCACCCUUAAUCAGCUGAACACGACAAGAGAUGAAUUUUGUCAAAGAAAUUGGACAGAUAUUAAGGAGAUCCCAGGCCUACAAGACAACACACACGUGUUUUGUUUUGAUAUAAACUAUGUGUAUGUACUGUUAGUAGAUGCUUACAAUUUCACCCAAGAUAACUGGAAUAUUGAAUUUGUGAGAGAUGUGGAUGGCGCUAACGUUGGCUGGUCACUAGGUUACAUGGUAAAUGCGACAAAUGGCAUCCCAACAGAGCCACCAUCGUUACUGAUACAUGAGGAAUUUUUCUAUGGACUUUUAGCUUGCUAUAGUAUCAUUGCAUUUGUGGGUGUAUUAAUGUUAUUAGUUUGUGCACAGCGUAGAUGGAAACAAAAGAAUGUUACAACAUAUGUUUCUAUUUAAGGUAAAGAUUAAUUGUAAAUAUUUAAAAUUAAUGAGUUUUAUGUUAGAGAAUAUAUAUGGUAAUAAUUGCAAUCAUUCUGAGGUACUGUAAACAAAGCUUUAAAAGAUUUUAUUUGAAUACUGAUAAGAUGUGGGCGGGACAUGUUUUAAUUUGUGUGCUACUAUAUUCCAUUGUGUUAUUUGAUGGAAAAUUAGGAGCGUCUGAAAAGGAAAACAAAUUAAUGUAUUGACAUGGUGAGGCUUAUUUUCCUAUGAAUUGCUGUGUGUUACAUGAUAGACACUGUGAAUGGCGAAGUUUACCUAGUGUGCUUAUUUAGGUAAAGUGAAAACAUUAGUAAAAAAUUAAAACUUAUUGAUUCCUUAACACCAAAAAUAUGCAUAAAACUUAUUUUGAAUUAUUAGUAUAAAUACUGACAGUAACUUCAAAUUAUUGUAGAUCAAGGUUGUUUGGAGAAGGGGCAAGGUGUGGGGGUUUUGGCUAAGGCACUGAAAGCAGAACAAUUUACAAAGAACUCCAAAGUCUUUCCUACUGGAUUUUGUGGAUAUAAAAUUUAAAUUGCAGUUUAGUGUACGCAUGUAUGUAUAACUUUGUCUUUUAUGUUAAUCAAAUUAAAUAUUGAUAUUAUUUGUCUGUAUAAUGUUAUAUUGCUAAUUAUAUAAUAUAGACUAUUGAAUUGUAAUUUAGAUUAUUUUAACUUUUCCAAAUGUCAAUUUUAUCUGGUGCCAAAAUGUCCAUCAAAUGGACACUACAUGAUUAGAUUGAAAUUAAAUGAAAUAUUAUAUUCAAUCAAUCAAUCAAUCGUUCCAUUUAUAUGGUGCCAUUCCAACGGUUGUUGCUCGUGGAGCCGUUCCAAAAAAAAAAGAAGAGAUUAUUGAAAAAGGAGCGUCUUGAAUAGUGACUUAAAACUAUUGUAUAGGUUAAAUACGAACCGAUGUUCUUAUGUUAUGUCGAAUGUGCAACCUAAUUGUCCUUUUUCCAUUUUCUUAUCUUAAGAUUAAGAGUUAAUUUUUCAAAUCGUUCUUUGCCUAUAUAUGCGUAGUCAAUAAUUUACGUUUUUAGUAUUAAGAAGUAUUCAGAAUAAAUCAACUGUAGAAUCUUUGUAAAUUUAUUUUUUAAACUGUCAUAAUAUAUUUACAUUUAAAAAUCAAACGAUGUGAAGUCAUGGUAACUGAUGUGUUGCCAUAGUUUUUGAAUGGUUGCUAUAGCUACCAAGCUGUUGCCACGAGCAGUAGUAAUAGGUUGAUGAGCUUAGCAAAUUAACAGAUUUCUAUAACUAUGCCGUGGGCUCAGCCAGAAUUGAUUAAAGUUGGCACAGGAAGUCAGCUCAUUUUGAAUCGUUAAUUUCGAGCUAUGUUGGGAGGAGAUCGUGGUCGUUCAAAUCUCAUUUGUUCGUGAACCAACAUAUACGUAAAGUGCUUUUUGGAUCUACAUUUAUAUUUUUCAUUUUUAAAUAGUUUAUAAAUACAAGAACUUGAAAGAAUAAAAAGAUUAUUUCCUGUUUUA